AUGAUAUCAUUUACCUUGGGUGCUCUCCCUGUCCUCAAGAGUCUGUUUAUUGAGGGUUGUAUAAAUCUAAAAUCGAUAUUAAUAGCAGAAGAUGUGUCGCAAAAGAGUCUCCCAUUUCUUAGAAGCAUCAAAGUAUGGGAUUGUAAUGAAUUGGAGUCAUUUCCCCCAGGUGGAUUGGCCACUCCAAACCUCAUUUAUUUUGCAGUGUGGAAGUGUGAGAAACUUCAUUCACUACCAGAAGCAAUGAACAGUCUAGCUGGCCUUCAAGAAUUGGAAAUUGAUAAUCUACCAAAUCUUCAAUCUUUUGUCAUAGAUGAGUUGCCUAACAAUUUACAGAAACUGUCUGUUGGCUCUGUUGGUGGGGUUAUGUGGAGUAAUGAGCCAACUUGGGAACAUCUCACUUGUCUCUCAAUGUUGCGAAUUAACGGUGAUGAUAUGCAUCUCACUUCUCUCCAAAACCUCGAGAUUAUUAACGCUCCCAAACUCGAGUCAUUGCCAAAGAAAGGAUUUCCUUCCUCUCUUUCAGCAUUAAGUGUGACUCGCUGUCCAUUACUUGAAGCAAGUUUGCGGAAAAAGCGGGGGAAAGAGUGGCGUAAGAUUGCUCACAUUCCCUCCAUAGUUAUUAAUAACGAAUUGAUCACACGAGUCUUGUUCGGCCUCAUUCACCAGAUAAUCGUGCUUUCGCAAGGGAGUGCAAGGAUGUGA